AUGACUACCAUAGAUGGAGUUGAGGUAAGAGAUGUAUUGAAAAUGGAACGUAUCGGUGUACAUUCACAUAUUCGUGGUCUCGGUCUUGAUGAGCAAUUGAAUCCAUCGCGUAUUGCUGAUGGAAUGGUCGGGCAGAUGGAAGCGAGAAGGGCUGCGGGCUUAAUUGUUCGCAUGAUUAAGGUUUUUUUUGUGAUUAGAAGCACAUUCACAGAAUUUGCGUUAAUUAGCUGA